AUGAGUCCCAACAGCAGCGCGCUGGGUCAGCUCCUCUGGCGGGGGCCAGUGUGCGGUAGCUGGAAGCAGGAUAUGGAAGGUGCCGUCUACCACCUUGCCAACUGCUUCUUGCUCAUGGGUUUCAUGGCAGGCAGUGGGGUGUACGGCUGCUUCUAUCUUUUCGGCAUCCUGGGCCCAGGCUACCUGUGCUGUGUGCUGUGGGGCUGGUUUGAUGCCUGCGGGCUGGACAUCGUCCUUUGGAACUCCCUGCUGACGGCGGCUUGCCUGCUUCAACUGGCGCAUUUGGUGUAUCGCCUCCGGGUGAAUACCCUCCCCGAGGAGUUCAACCUCCUCUACAAGACGCUGUGCCUGCCCCUGCAGGUGCCCCUGCAGGUCUACAAGGAAAUUGUCCACUGCUGCCACGAGCAGGUCUUGACACUGGCCACGGAGCAGACCUAUGCCGUGGAGGGUGAGACACCCAUCAACCGCCUGUCCCUGCUCCUCUCUGGCCGGGUUCGAGUGAGCCAGGAUGGGCAGUUUCUGCACUACAUCUUUCCGUACCAGUUCAUGGACUCCCCCGAAUGGGAAUCGCUGCAUCCUUCCGAGGAGGGGACCUUCCAGGUCACGCUGACUGCUGAGACCGAGUGUAGCUACAUUUCCUGGCCCCGGAAAAAUCUCCACCUUCUUCUGAACAGAGAGCGAUACAUCUCCCGCCUCUUCUCAGCCCUGCUGGGCUAUGACAUCUCCGAGAAGCUCUACACGCUCAAUGACAAGCUGUUCGCUAAGUUUGGGCUGCGCUUCGACAUCCGCCUCCCCAGUCUCUACCAUGUUCUGGGGUCCUCAGCCUCGGAUGGAGGACCCGAGUCUGAGAAGGACGAGGAAGAAGUCUUUGAGGCCGCCGUGUCCCCUGCGGAGGCCAGGCCCAUCUGUAUCCUGCCAACACCCCCUUGCUCCCCACCUCCAGCUCCGACCAACUUCCCUGCAUCUCUGCCCCGGGCUAGGAUGUCCAGACCUGACAGUGGCCCCCUGGGUGAGGACUCCACCAGUCUGGUGCUGGAGGAUUUUGAAGAGGUUUCAGGAUCAGAGUCGUUUAUGGAUUAUAGGAGUGAUGGGGAGUACAUGAGGUGA